CAGAACAUCACUUCACUUCCUUCCUUUGCCACUACAGGUGCUGAGAAGAAAAACACAUUUCUCAUCAGCCACCCAACAUCCAAAGAAACGACUCACCAGCUCUGCAACAAGACAUGGCUCCGUGUGGUGAUGCCAAGCUCUUUUUCUGCAUCCUCUUCAUCACCUGCUGCUGCACAGUGACACUGGCACAGAUACCCAUGGACUGCUGCUUGACAGUCAAAAACAAAGAAGUUGCUAAAGCUUUGGUUGCAGACUACCGCCAGCAGAUCAGUGGACAAGGCUGCGCCAUCGAUGCCACCAUUCUGGUGACCAGGAAUGGCAGGACUCUCUGUGUGCCUGCUGACGAACUGUGGGUCCAAAAGCUGACGAUCCACGUGGAGAAGCUAAAGAAAUUGUGCAAGAGAAAUGGCUACAAGGGCAAACGCUGCAAUGGAGUGAAGCCCGAGUAACCUGGGAUCCCUGGGAAGACUGUGACACUUCAGCCACAACAACAGAGCCAGAGCGGAGUGUUACAGCUCAGGGAGGAGACAUGAGGGUUCAAACCACUAUAUAAAUAAAACUAUAAGAUUAGCCAUAGGGACCCUUCCUAUCCAUUAUAUUUUACAAAAUUAUAUUCAUUGAAGUUGCAAUAAAAACACUUUUGAAGGA